UCCGCUUCCGGCCCACGUGGGCCGCGCACGCACAUGGCAGCGAGCAUGUCGCCGGACGAGGAUGUGCAGCGGCUCCUGAUCCAGUUCCGGGAUGAAGCGGGGGAGCCCCUGGGUUCCCCCUUCGAUGUCCCGGUCACCAUCACCCCGGACAAGCUGCAGCUGGUCUGCAACGCCCUCCUGCAGAAGGAUGAACCGGUGCCUCUGGCUUUCUUCGUCCACGAUGCAGAGAUCGUGGCGUCGCUGGAGAAGACCCUGGCGGGGCAGAGUGUAGAGACAGAGAAGGUCCUGGACAUCAUCUACCAGCCGCAGGCGGUGUUCAGGGUGCGGGCAGUGACCCGCUGCACCAGCUCACUGGAGGGGCACACCGAGGCUGUCAUCUCGGUGGCCUUCAGCCCCACGGGAAAGUACCUGGCAAGUGGCUCAGGAGACACCACCGUCCGUUUCUGGGACCUCAGCACGGAGACACCACAGUUCACAGCCAAAGGUCACCGGCACUGGGUGCUCAGCAUCGCCUGGUCGCCCGACGGCAAGAAGCUGGCCUCGGGCUGCAAGAACAGCCAGAUAUUUCUCUGGGACCCAGCCACUGGCAAUCAGAUCGGCCGGGUGCUCUGUGGCCACUCCAAAUGGAUCACAUGUCUGUGCUGGGAACCGCUCCACAUAAACCCAGAGUGCCGCUACCUGGCAAGUGCCUCCAAGGAUGGCAGCAUCCGCAUCUGGGACACGCUGAUGGGCAGGUGUGACAAAAUCCUUACAAGCCACACGCAGUCAGUGACGUGUGUGAAGUGGGGGGGCGAUGGCUUGCUCUACUCAUCCUCCCAGGACAGGACCAUCAAAGUCUGGAGGAGCCAGGAUGGCGUCCUCUGCCGCACCUUGCAGGGCCAUGCUCACUGGGUGAACACCAUGGCCCUUAGCACUGACUAUGUUCUCCGCACCGGUGCCUUUGAGCCAGCUGAAGCCACCAUCAACCCACAGGAUGUAAGCGGCUCCUUGGCAGAAUUGAAGGACAAGGCACGGCAGAGGUAUGACCAAGUCAGGGGCCAGGAACCAGAAAGGCUUGUCUCGGGGUCAGAUGAUUUCACGCUGUUUCUUUGGAGACCAGCAGAAGACAAGAAGCCACUGGAGAGAAUGAUGGGCCACCAGGCUUUGAUUAACCAAGUCCUCUUCUCACCAGACACCCGGAUAAUAGCUAGUGCUUCCUUUGACAAGUCCAUAAAGCUCUGGGAUGGUAGGACAGGAAAGUACCUGACAUCACUGAGAGGGCAUGUCUCGGCUGUGUAUCAGAUCGCCUGGUCAGCUGACAGCCGCUUGCUGGUGAGCGGGAGCAGUGACAGCACACUGAAGGUCUGGGAUGCCAAGAUGAAGAAACUGGCCAUUGAUCUUCCGGGCCAUGCAGAUGAGGUGUAUGCGACGGAUUGGAGCCCAGAUGGACAGAGGGUCGCGAGUGGAGGGAAGGAUAAAUGUUUGCGGAUAUGGCGUCGAUAGGAGCAGCGACAUGAAGCUGUCGGUCCUGUCAUAAGCUGGGCUGCCCUUAGCACAAUCUGCCUGGGAGAUCUGCAAGGAGAUGGACGAUGGAGGCUGACCCGAGCAUGGCUCCCUGUUCCUGUUGACUGCUGUCUCUGAUGGACUCUUUCCUUAUAUUUAUUUAAGGAAAUUUUAAUUCUAAUUCUUAUUAAGAGCUGUGCUUUGCAGGAUGAUUUCCUCUGAACGUUA